UCAAAUUGCGAAAUAAAACGUGUUGAGCACCAAAACAUUGAAAACAAAUCAAUUUUGAAGCACUUUCAACGUGAUCAUCUCGUGAAAAGAUGUCAAAUUUAACGUGCUUAAACUGCAGCGUUCGUUUCCAGACGUUCGAACAACAAAGAGAUCAUUUCAAAACAGAUUGGCAUCGCUACAAUCUCAAACGAAAAAUCGCCGAAUUGCCUCCCGUAUCAGCAGAAGGUUUCGAAAAACUCCUCAACGAGCAACGAAACGCCGAAAAAAGUCAAUCGGAGGACAACAGUUUAUACUGCAAAGCCUGCGGAAAAUUGUUCAAAACGAUAAACGCGCACGACAACCACUUGAACAGCAAAAAACACAAAGAAGCCUUGAAACGAUUCGUGGAACAGCAUGCCGACGAAGAUGUUUCCGUCAAAGCCACGGGCGAAUCAAAGUACGAACAAGCCAGACCGUUUGUAGCUGAGGCAGAAAGCGACGACGAUGACGACGACGACAUGGAAGUAGAAGAAGUCGAUUCUGACGAAUGGGAAGCCGACGAGAACUUUGAAAAUCCCAUCGCGAACAAUAAUUGCCUGUUUUGCGAUCAUCACAGCAAAAAUAUCGUCAACAACGUCAAACACAUGUCACUCGAGCACUCAUUUUUCAUUCCGGAUGCCGAAUUUGUCGUAGAUCUCGAGGGGCUUUUGUCGUAUUUGGCGGAAAAAAUUUGCAAAUAUUUCAUCUGCAUCUGGUGCAACGAUCGCGGAAAGACUUUUUACUCGAUGCAGGGCGCCCGCAAACACAUGAUCGACAAAGGACACUGCAAAAUGUUGCAUGAAGGAGCUGCCCUUGCGGAGUACGUCGAUUUUUACGAUUACAGCACGAGUUAUCCGGAUGCCGGCACAGAAGGAAUGGAUAUUGAUGCCGAAAUAGACCCGGAGGAAAAUACUCUCGAUGGAGACGAUUAUCAAUUGGUACUUCCGUCGGGCAUCACAAUUGGACAUCGUUCGCUUAUGCGAUACUACAAUCAACGUAUUAACCCGAAUAGAGCUGUGGUCGUGAAAAAAUCCGAUAAAAAAAUGCACAAAGUCUUGGCUGAGUACAAAAGUAUCGGAUGGACUUCGACAAAUCAGGAAAUGGCAGCGAGAAAUGCACGAGAUAUCCACACCAUGAAACGCCAAAUGCAGAAAUUGCAACAAAAAAUCGGCAUUAAGGCAAAUAAGUUACAGAAACAUUAUCGCGCGCAAGUCAUGUUCUAAGAAAAUUCGCUGAAAUAAAUCAAAAAAUGAUGAAAUAUCAAGA